AUUUUCGUAGAAAUGAGCACUGGAGCAGUAGAACACGAGAGGCCUGCGCCUCCAUAUGAAACUCAAGAAAUUCCAGAGGCUGUUCAGCAAAAGUCUUUGUUGAAUACUGUAUUUCGGUCCAUGAAACGGACUGCAGAUUUCUUUUACAAAGACUACGGAGCACUUCCUGAACUUGAUUCAAAAGCAGCCGUUAAGCGAAAAGCUGAAUACGGUCGUGUUUUGAAUGCCGUCGAAGAGGCUAAGCGCCGUAAGGAGCAAGAGGCAAUAAAGUUGCCAAUGCCACCUAUUCCAGUUGGUACUGCUGGUUCUUCGGAAAGUACUAGUGCAGGGGCAAUUGAAAGUGUAUCUUCCGAAGGGGUAUCCGGUAGAGAAUUAGCAGUUCCGCAAACAUCAAAAGCAGAAGAUAAUACUGUUAGAGCUCUUUUACCUGCUCGAGCGCCAAUGGUGGUGAAGCCCAAAUGGCACCCUCCCUGGAAACUUUAUCGGUUAGUAAUUUCUGGUCACACCGGUUGGGUAAGGUGUGUAGAUGUGGAACCAGGUAACGAAUGGUUUGCUACUGGAGGUGCAGAUAGAAUUGUUAAGAUUUGGGAUUUAGCUUCUGGAAAGUUACGGUUAUCCUUAACUGGACAUAUUAGUGCUGUACGAGCAUGCAAAGUUUCUCCACGUCACCCGUUCUUAUUCACUGCUGGUGAAGACAAGCAAGUCAAGUGUUGGGAUUUGGAAUAUAACAAAGUAAUCAGACAUUACCAUGGUCACUUGAGCGCUGUCCAAGACCUUACGAUUCAUCCAACCAUUGACAUUCUUAUUACAUGUGCUCGUGACGCUACUGCAAGGGUUUGGGAUAUGAGAACCAAAGCACAAGUCCAUUGUCUAACAGGGCACACAAAUACCGUCGCUUCUGUUGUUUCACAAGCCAUUGACCCUCAAGUUAUUACUGGAAGUCACGAUUCUACAAUCAGACUGUGGGAUCUGGCAGCAGGACGGAAUUUGGCGACGUUGACGCACCACAAAAAAAGCGUUAGGGCUUUAGUCCUUCAUCCACAACUAUAUAUGUUUGCUUCUGGCAGUGCAGAUAAUAUCAAACAGUGGAAGUGUCCAAAUGGUGAAUUCAUUCAGAAUUUAACCGGCCACAAUUCUGUUAUAAACUCGCUAGUUUGUAACGAAGAUAGCGUCCUUGUGUCAGGAGCGGACAAUGGAACCAUGCAUUUUUGGGACUGGCGCAGUGGCUUCUGUUUCCAAAAGGAACAAACAAAAGCGCAACCAGGAUCUAUUGACUCGGAGGCAGGGAUAUUUGCUAUGUGCUUUGACAAAUCAGGAUCUCGGUUGAUAACUGCAGAAGCAGAUAAAACAAUAAAAAUGUAUAAGGAAGAUGAGACUGCCACUGAGGAGACGCACCCAAUUCUAUGGCGACCAGAGAUCUUGAAACGGAAGAUAUACUGA